CCACCACGGAUUUUAUUCACAAUGCCGAAAUCAAGAAAUUUGGAGUGGCUAGUACGUUGAUUGCACCACAGGACGAACACGAUGACGGAAGCGUGUUCCGGUUUUCGUCCCCUUUACCUCCUUCAUCACUUCCGGCGUCUCCCAUGUCUAUCGGGCCGUCUGGCGAGGAUAGUCCCAGAGUAGAUCCCAUGAUACUAAAUGAAGGUGAUUCAGCGGUUAGUUUCGAAACCCUAUGUUCAUGCGAAAGUAAUACUUCGAAAAGCGCAGAUGGCACUCCCUUAUAUGUGUCACGUGAUUCGCCCUUUAACACUGAUCAAACAACUGAUAAUCCAUCGCCAUCUACUAUGACCUCUGAACGCCAACCCUCACUCCCUCCGAUUAUAUCACCUCAGUUCAAGGAAGAGGUCACUACAGCCCAAGGCGGCCCACAACUUUCGGUACCUCGGCUUUCACCACCUCAGCUUUCACUUACCAGUCAGGUAAACAUACCUAGUGGCUCGAAGUUAUCUUCGCAGCAUGUGUUUUCCAAAGCUCCCCUUGCAAACAAAAAAAAUGAACCACAUCCUGGUCAGGAUCGGGAGAAAGUAGACUCAUUAGCCCUGGGGUUAGAUUUUGAUGUUGGAGCAACGGCCAAUGUAAUGUCGGUCUUACCCUCUCGGACAGAGACGCCGACGGGGAUAUCGCUAUCAACGCAACCGCCUCUGGCGAAUAACGAGGGGAUGGACGCCUCUACACACGUUCCCAAAGGAAGAAAGAAAAGCAAGCACAGAGUGAAACGCGAAGACCAUGAAGCAAGUCUCGCCGAUAGCCAAGAAGGGUGUUCUCGUAAAAGGCGUAAAGUUGAAAAGGGCGAAGCUCCUGACCCUAGUCCUGUGCCUGCAUGUAAGAAUCGUGGCAGCAACGGAAGUAAGAAGUCAGAUCGAACUGGACGAAGAGCAGGAACCUCGAGGUCGCGGUCGCGCAUUAGAUCAGACAAAGCAAGUGGGGAUGAAGCUUCUCGAAUAUGCGAUGCUCCUUCAUCCUCGUUGCCUCUAUCCUCGGAGGAACUUCCCCCACGUCCUGGUUCGCCUUCGUUAGAUCCACAUAUUGUUUCCCCACCAUCAACAGAGCCGAAUGCACAGGCACGUGUCGAGUUAACUGGAAUGCUCGUUGAAUGUUUAGGAACAUCUCGAGCGUCGUCAAUGGCCCCUUCCGCUUUAUACACCACGCUCAUCCGUAGUCAUCCUGCUCUUAAAACAGUAGAGCGAACUAAGCGGGAGUGGAUCACACUGAUCUCAUCGGUUUUGGAAGAAGUAGGUGAGCGUUGCGGAAUGUUCGGGCGGGUGGAGAGUAGUGGGAAGGACGAGAAGGAUAGGCCACUAGAGGCAAGGUGGUUCUAUGUCCCAGAGAAGGAUGAGGAUCAGGAGAGAGCUGUAGUGAUCACUUCACUGAUGCCCCGUCCCGCAAAGAGAAGUGAAACCAAGAAGUACAAACAAUACUAUUAUCGCCCACUGGACAAGAUAUCGAGAUGGGAUCCAGAAGAUGCCAUAUGACGAUGCUCUCGCAUGAGCUUGAGGCCAGCUAAUGCACAACACACUCCUCCUUCGCUUUACUGUGCACACAGAAGAUUUCUAGCUGGGGCUUUUUACUUUCUUGUACUCCAGCUUAUUAUGUGCCAUUUCAGUUUCGACUACCUUUAUUUGCUUUACGUUGGCUGUUAGUCUUCGACAGUAUUCGUUUUCGUUGCCUUUUGGGGUUUCAAAAUUUUCAACACUUGUUAUUUUCUCGUGCAAUGAUACAUUUCAUGCCGAUUUGGACUGAAUACAUCCCCGUUUACAAUUU